GAUAAGAGAUAACGAAUUUAUUAUCGUCUGGCAUAUACUUUUUUCAAAAUUCAAAAUUGCUGUUUUCACAAAUAGUAAUUUUCUCUAGGUUUCUCAUCGUCUUUCGUCUGUUACUCAGUCGACAUGUUGAAAAUAACGUCUGCUGUAGGAGCACAAGUCGUCUUUACACUGCGGCACAGUCGGAAUCCCUGUCCUGUCGCACUCCAAUACCUUGGUAAAUUGGAUGUAAAGUCGCAGAUAGGCCCAAAACUACCGUCAUCCAUAUUUCUCAAUAAAAUUGUUAGUAACAGUUGUUGUACACAUCUUUUGGUUCGGUGUUAUGCCAAAAACAAAGACAAGAAAAGCAAUAAAGGUCAGAAAAAAGUAUCCAUUGAUGAAAACCUUUUGGCUGAACACUUAAAAUAUAAUGCCAUGAAAACCGAAAUGGAAAAAGCUGUGGCUGCAUUAAAGAAUAACUAUAUUAAAAAUCUGUCAUUAAGAUCUUCUACAGGAGCAUUGGAUUCACUUCCAGUUACAUUUGAAGGUGAUGAAUAUCUUAUACAAGACUUGGCACAAAUUGUGAGAAAAAACCCCAAAACAAUUAUUUUGAAUAUGAUAUCAUUUCCUCAAGCCAUUCCAGCUGUUUUAGAAUCAUUAAAAGCAUCUGGCAUGAAUUUAAAUCCUCAACAAGAUAAAACUUCUAUAUUUAUACCAAUACCUAAAGUUACAAAAGAACAUAGAGAAAAUUUAAGCAAAGGUGCAAAAGCACUUUUUAUCAAAACUAAAGAUACCAUUAAAGAAUUACAAAAUAAAAAUAUUAAAUUAUUAAAAGACAAUGACUCAUUGGCAACAGAUUUAGUACACACUUUGCAAGAUCAGAUUACUGCGGUGGCUGAUAAAUAUGUAUUGGAGGCACAACGAAUAAUGGAAGAAAAACAAAAUGAACUCAAGGGUGAUUCAUAGUACCUAUUUGUAAAUUUACUCAAGUUAUAAUUUAAUCAUAGUGGUUGUUUCAUCUACUAAGGUACAUCCCAAAAAUGAUUAAUCUCUUUUGUUUAGUUAGGUUUAUAUAUUUACUUGUUAAUUUAUAAUCUACAGUAGAAACCAGUUUUAAUGCUUGAUUAAUGUAUGAAUCAUCUAUACUGUACAUUUUUGUUCAAUAAAAAUUAUAUGCAUGAAUGUAUAUUGUACAAUGUACAUAGGUACAUAAUAUAUAUUUAUACAUGCUUUAUUAUUA